CAACCAAUUAACCUCGCCCGCUGGAUUUGGCAGCCUCAAACGUGAUUGGGGCUCGACACGACACCAAUGGAUAGCACAGGUACUCCACGAAUUCAGCACAGCACGUCUGAACUGCUAGGUCAUCUCCCUCAUCGUCCCUGAACCGCCACAAUGCAGCAGCUCAAGACGGCCAGGCCGAGGCUGAGGCUGAGGCCGAGGUCACUGGCCGCCGCCGUCGCCCCCGCACAUGUCCUCAGACGACGGGUGCAUGCCGGCUACCAAAGCCACGACCAGAAGUUGAAGGGCUCCAACGAGGGUGGGCAGGGCCGGGACAACGACAGCCAGUUCGCGCACCCGGGCAACCCGACCGAGUGGAAGGACGCCUACUACGAGUCGCAGCUGCGCCUCGAGAUGAUGAACCGGCCCCGGCGCCGCACCUGGGACUACCUCUCCCCGACCCCGACCAGCCUCCUGGACCUGGCCCUCGACGACUUCCUGCCCCGGGACGCUCGCCCGUCCCACUUUCGCGGCUGGCUGGGCCGCCGCACGGCAGCGGCGUCAGCAGCAGCAGCAGCAGCGGCCAACGGCGGCGGCGGCAGCAGCAGCAGCGACGACGGUGACGGUGAGACGCUCAUCCCGCGCCGGACCACGGUGCACCUGAUGCGGGAGGGCGCGUCGCCGCUGAUGGGGCCGCGAGGCGCGGCGGGCGGGCCGACGCCGCUGCCGACGCUCCACCGGCCCGGGUCGUCGUCGUCGCUGCUGGACCCGACGCCGCUGCCGCAGGGCCACCACCUCGUCUACUUCCCUCCGCAGCUGUCGGACCAGGAGCUGCUCCCGGACGGCACCGACCCGGCCCACUGGCCCGGCCUGCCCUUCACGCGCCGCCUGUGGGCCGGCGGCUCCGUCACCUACGCCCGCGGCUGGGAGCGGUCCCUGCGCUUCAACCGCACGCUGGCGCCCAUGUGGUGCGACGAGUCGGUCCAGCACGUCGAGCUGAGGCUCCAGCCGCCGCAGCCGCCGCGGCAGAGCACGGCAGAAGAGGAGGAGGAGCAGCAGCAGCAGCAGCAGCACGACGGCGCCCCGCCCGGCAAGGUCACGGUCACGCUGUCCCGGAGGUACGGCUUCGACGGGUCCCGGGCCGCCGUCAUCAGCGAGACGCGCAACCUCGUCUUCAUGCGCGACCACCCGCCUGGCGAGGGGCCGAGGAUGCCCCCAUCGAUAACGAAAACGACAACGACAACGGUUGGCAGCGGCGAGACCACCACCACCACCACCACGUCGCCGCCGUCGCCGCCGCUCAUGCACCGCCGCAAGCCCGACUACAGCUUCGAGAUGACGCCGUCGCGCCGCCUGCUCUUCCACUUCAGCGCCCUCAGCCACAACGCGCACCUGAUCCACCUGGACCCGGCCCACGCCCUGGCCGAGGGCCACCGCGCGCCGCUCGUCCACGGGCCCCUGACGCUCGUGCUCAUGCACUCGGCCCUGCGCGCCCACCUGGGCCACAUGGGCGCCGCCGUCCGCUCCAUACAGUACCGCAACCUGGCCCCGCUCUACGCCGACGAGCCCCUGCGCGUCUGCGUCCGCCGCGUCGAGGCUGCCGACAGCCAAUUCACCUACUCGGUCUGGAUCGAGACCCUCGACGGCAGGCCGGGCGCCAAAGGCACAGCCGUGUCGUACCUGGUGGACCAGGACAUGCUAUGUGAUAUGCCCCGGCGGUAGUGAGGGCAAAGAGAGGGAGCGCCUUGCCCGCGGAAGUGUAUUAAAUAAUGUUAAUUUUGAUGGGUAUCUUGCGCUUGGCUUGGUCUAUCUGUCCGGAACUUGAAAGGAAAAGAAGCAAAACAGAGAAAAAUGUAACCAGGAACGAGGCGCGAGUACAAAUAAAACCUCGAAAAUAAAACAAAAAUCCAUCCACAUCUACCGAGGAAACAUAAACCAACACA